CUAGCAGGUAUACGUCAACCUAUAGACAUCAUCUUCCCUUCGACUCUUCGUAGCCACUGUGCAAACACCUAAUAUAGUGGCAGGGAUCUUCACUGCUGUGUCCUACGCGACUAGGUCAACUCGCAAGCUGUGAUUUCUACCUCAGCUGCCCAACGCAGCGCAGUGGCAGUCACCGUUUCUUGCGACCUUUGUCCAACAUGUCCUUAUAAUAUGGAAGCCCCAGCUCAAAUCACCUGCUUAAACCGCGCCUGUUAAGCAUUGCAGUGGUCUUCCUUCUCACCCCGAUCACAUUACUCCCACAACUACGACAUCAAUCCUGCCCUCUGUCACGCCGCGCUUUUUGGUGGUCCUGCCUACCACCGCGUUCCGAUCGGGAGACAACGAGCAACCUCUAAGCAACAGUCGACAGCAUUCACCUACCGAAAGGAUGACCAUGGAGAAGAUUGUGAAGGGAGCUACAAAAAUAAAGUUGGCUGCGCCCAAAUCCAAGUACAUCGAGCCUAUUCUUUCUGCGACGAAUGGAGGGGAUUCUGGUGUUGCUGAAGUCUUCCGGACUCUGCAAUUGCGAUUACGAGAUUCAACAUGGACCAUUGUCUUCAAAUCGCUGAUUGUGGUCCACUUGAUGAUAAGAGAAGGGCAGCCAGAGGUCACAUUGAGGUACAUCGCUGAUUCACCAAAACGCAUUGCUAUCAGUGGAUUCGCAGAGGGUAUGACUCCCGAGUCCGAGUCAAAGAGAUUUUGCCCGUCGACUGACAUGGAACAGUUCAAACCCAAGGUUUGAAUAUUCGCCACUACUAUGAAUAUCUCAUGGAGCGGGUUCGGGCCUACCGAGAUACAAAAACAGAUUACGUCAAGUCAGGAACAGGCAAGAUGCGAAGACUUACGGUCGAAAAGGGCCUACUAAGGCAGACGGAAAUAGUCCAAGACCAAAUACAAGCCCUACUUCGAUGUGAUCUGUUGAACAGUCAAGACCCAGACAACGAAAUUACAUUGACAGCCUUUCGGCUACUGACGCUUGACCUGCUUGAGCUCUUCAAGGUCAUGAACGAGGGUACUAUCAACGUUUUGGAGCAUUAUUUUGAAAUGUCUCGUCCCGAUGCAGAACGCGCUUUGCAGAUAUACAAGACUUUUGGAAGGCAGACGGAACAAGUAGUGCAGUAUCUGAGCCUUGCGCGACAGUACGAGACGUCGACGAGGUUGGAGGUCCCUAAAUUGAAGCAUGCACCCACGACAUUGACCAAUUCGCUGGAAGAUUAUUUGAAUGACCCAGAUUUUGAAAUCAACCGCCGACAGUAUCUUGCACAACAAGAGGCUAAAAGAACAGGGAAACCUGUGUCAUCAGCUCCAAAAUCGACGCCUUUUGAUAGACCUUCUGAUACGACAACACAAGGUCAUUCCUUCCAGCAGCCGGCUCAGCAAAUACCAAAGGGGCCUGCACCGGAUUUGAUCGAUUUCUUCGAGUCAAUUGAGCAGAAUCAACAGCAAAUGGCUUCACCAAGCAACCCUCAACAGCAAUUUCACACAGGAAUGCUUCAGGGUCAAGCAUAUCAACAAGCACAGAUACCGCAGCAGACUGGGUACAACCCCUUCUUGCAACAGCAACAGCAGCAACAACCUCAAUUUCAAAGCCAGCCUCUCCCACAGCCUGGACCCUUGCAGACCGAUUUCACUGGCGCAGGUUUUGGUGGGUAUGGUCCUCAGCCGCCGCAGCAGACACAUGCUUUCCAAUUCCAGUCCAAUCUUUCACCCAUUCCUCAAAAUGGCGUGGCAGAUUUCCAGCAACAACAGCAACAACAACAACAACAACAACAACAGCAGCAGAUGGCUUUACAACCACAGCAUACGUCUACAAACCCAUUCCGUCAGUCAAUGAUGCCAACAGGAAAUGCACAGGUCUCUCCAAUGAGUGCAAAUCCUGCACGGCAGUCAAUUAACCCUUUUGCGAAGCACAAUACCGGAGCUGUAACACAUAACGGUCCUGGUUUUGGUGGCAACAACUUUGAACAGACCUUCUCUCCUAGCCCAAUCUCUCCGGACCAAACAUUCAAUUCCACUUCAUCAUAUGGCUCUCAACCUCCUGCGCUUCAACCACAAAGAACCGGAACAAAUCCAUUCGCAAAAAAUCGGCCUGCGACAGCCGGUGGUCCGGUGACUGCGAAUGUAACAGGGAGCACGAAUCCGUUCAGGCAAAGUGCUUUUGUGAACCAAGAGACUGGACAAGGCUGGCAACACAGUUCUCAGGGGACAUUUUCAGGGUUUGACGUGAAUAAUGUAAACACGAUGCCAGUCUUUCCAAGACCAGGGCACAAUUAAUGAUACAGCCUAAUCAAGGGUAAUACUGUUUGAGGAUUCAGAGGAGGGAGGGUAUUAGCGCUUUCUCUUGGAUAGCUACCUAUAUACAUUCUUCGACUUUUCAAUCUAGCGACUUUUUGCAUUGUACUUUGAAAUUUGGGUAACAGUGUCCAGUACUAUUGUCUGUACAUUGUUUAUAUAGCCAAGUAUACGUAUACGUAACAUACAACCAGAAGUGACC